UGUUGAUGAAAACGGUCUCUACAUCAGCUUGAGAUGCAGCAGAAGCAGCAUCUGCUCAGGAGCCGCGGGGCCUGCGAUAUUGUUGGUUGUUGGUAAUCGGCGAGUCUCCAGAUGUAGUCGAAGGAGCAUCACGUUUCCCCCACUGGUCCACAUACCCCCCCCACUGCAUGGCUUCGCUUGCUGGUGUCUCACACCGUGUCUCCAUAGCCCCAGUCCUGCACACCCUCAUGCUGGGGUCUCAGGCCUCUCACAGACUGACCAAUGACUGCCUGGAUUGUUCUGCCUGUCAGCCUGUCUGCUUUCUCCAUCACGGGGAUAUGGAUUGUUUACGCCAUGGCAGUAAUGAACCACCAUGUCUGUCCUGUUGAGAACUGGUCAUACAAUUUGACAUGUACAGCGGAAACGGCUAAGAGGGGCUUCCCAAAGACCUGCUGUACUCUUCAAGACAUCCCCCUCAUCAGUAAAUGUGGUUGCUAUCCACCAGAGAGCUGUCUCUUCAGUUUGAUUGGCAAUGUUGGGGCCUUUAUGGUGGUUAUGGUGUGCAUGCUGCGUUAUGCUCAAGUGAUUGAACACAGCCAUCAUUGCUGGACCAACACAAGUUCUUUGGUCUCCGGCUGCAUUAAUGCCCUUGGUUUGGUCAUGGUUGGCAACUUUCAGGUCGAUCAUGCCAAGACGCUUCAUUAUGUGGGAGCGGGUGUAGCUUUCCCUGCCGGCUUGCUGUUUGUGUGUCUGCAGUGUGUUCUGACGUACCGUAUAGCAGAGACAGCACUGGACUACUGGAUGGCUCAUGUGCGUGUGGCGCUCUCAGCUGGAGCUCUGGUAUCGCUUGUCCUCAGUGGUAUCUUCUUCGUCCAUGAGAGUUUUGUAUUGCAGCACGCCGCAGCCAUCUGUGAAUGGGUCUUCACCGUCUUGGUCCUGGUGUACUACGGCACCUUCACCUAUGAGUUCGGCACUGUCAACAGCGAUACCAUCAUGGCGGCCUUAAUGAAACGCAGUCAACAUCAUCAUCCAGGGUCAGCGGUCAUCAUGGGGGGUAUUGGGAAGGGUGUUGCAAUGGGAUGUGGUGCCCGCAGUCUCAAGUCACCCGGAGGCAGCAGCACUUCCACACACCUCAAUUGUACACCAGAAAGCAUCGCCAUGCUUUAGGGGCUAACCGCUACGGUAUUCUCUCAGACCUCAGCACACAGACUCUUCAACUGGCUCAUGCAAUUGUGAAAAACUGGUACAAGCAAUACAGUAGGUUUACAGACUUGCUGAUUAUAAUCCAACAGUAAUGACCAGUCAGUCAUAACUAAGGUAUUUUGCAUGAUUUUUUGCAUUCAUGUGUAAGAUAACUGAAAAUACAGCCUCAAUAACCAGCACAGACAAUUCCUUCCCAUAAUUCAAGGGGCCUCUGAUAGAAAUGCUUUAGUUUUUAGUAUAUUAAAACUGCAAUAACUCAUUCCUAAAGGCACAUUCACACUGACAGCAAUUAAACUAUUUAGGGUCAACAAGUGGAUUGUUGGUUGUUGUUAGGAUUUCUGCUUCAGGAAGUCCUAUAGAGUGCUGCAGGGAUUAUGCAUUAUGUAGGCCUGGAAACUUGGAGUUAGCAUUUAAACACUUCCGGUUCCAUCGUCCCAAAUCAAUGGGAUUUUGGUUAAAUGCCCGACAUAAUAUAUGUGGCAAACACAAGCUCAAGAUAUUUUCACCUUUUAUUUUAUUUUAUAACAUAAAAUACAUCAGUAAAUACCCCCUUAUGAUAAAAAAAAGAAGUUUUUGUCUUGGAAAAAGGCGGUGGCUAAAUGGGACGAAUAUUGAUAUAAUAUUAAUAUUAAUGUCAAGAAUAUUACACGUCAUCACGCCGAAAAGGAAAACUCAUGUACUCACUAGUCGGCUUUUACAGCUUCUUUAUGUUUAUAAUCACUUUCUCGAAAAUUAUUCUUACCCAAACUUUCAGGGAGAAUGUUUUUUAAAUAAAGACUGAAAGAGUUGUCGGAAGCUUCGUGAUGUUGACGUUGAAGUCAUGCGACCGCGGUGUAAAUCGUUUAUAGCCCGUUUCACUUUUUGUCUUGCGAUUGCAUUUAGACUUUAAAAUUCAUAAAAGUUGUGUUCAUUUGUAAAUAGUAUCGUGAUGAACAAAACGUUUUACAAUUAUAAACUUUUGUUGGUCACAGAGCUUCUUGCAGUAAUCCAAAACCCAAUGGAAAAAUCCUGUCGGGCUGUUCUCAAGGGAACCAGGGUGAUGCUAACUUCCGGGCUGGCCUACACAAAUACGUCAUUACUGCAUUUCUCUAUUGGUAGGCGGUGCAUUGUAUCUCCACUCAAUUACAUAUAGUUGCAAAAUACGAAUUUGUCGCAACACUCUCUCACUCAUGUUGCCCUGAAUCGCCAACUCCCAUUGAAAAUCAGGUCACUUCGUCAGUGUGAAUCUGUUACAAAACUGCCAGCAAUACCAAGACACUUGCCUAGACAAAGAAGAUAAUUGGCUAAACCCAUGCAACCUUCCGUAACCCAUUUAAUCUGCAGAAACUGUGAUUACACAACAGGUCAAGCCAUCACUGUAGCAAUGAAAAUGUUAAGUCGGUUGCACCAGCCAUUGCUGCCAAACAGUUGGGUUGCAAUGAUGUUGAGGUUUAGUCAAAUAGCGAUACUUUUUAUUCAUACCUGAGAUGCAGGUGGUCCAUAUUUAUGUAUUCAUUCGAAGUGCUCACAACUUAGUUUGAUCUGUGGCACUGUAUUGGCAUGACAUCAGGUGCUGUGGACCCUCUGUCCUAUAGCUCUAGAUGCAAUGUGGCUGUAUUGAAUAAGAUUUAAAAGCAUCUCUGUGCAACAUUUUGGUGCUUUUGCCAAGUUUUUUUCAUCACUUAAUGUAAAAACCGCCUGGAUCGAUCAGUUGCAUCCCAGGUAUCUUGCAAAAAAAUUCCUAGUAUUUCAGGAUCACAAGAAACAGGAUUUUGUGUCCAUUAUUCUAUUGUUUGGAUUUUUCACAUUUAGAAAUAUAAGGUGAUAUUAAAAUAUGAGGUGGGAGGGAACCUUUUAGUUCACUGCUUUUGAGAGCAAAUGCAAAGUAUCACUGGGGAAAUGCAAUAGGCUACUUUUGCAAGCAAACACAAAGUUUCUCAGGGGAUCGCAAAACUUGAGGGAGAGAAUGCAUUGUUUUUGUGAUAAUGCAACAGUAUUGUGAAAUUUAGCACACAAAAUCACUGAAAUUACAUUUUUCCUCCUAUCUCGUAAUUUUUCCAUUUUAGGGGGUUGCAUAGAAACCCUCCUAAAGUUCUGGACUUGACAAAUAUAUCGGCACAAUUUCAAAACAGGAAAUGCUUUUGCGGGCAAGUUCGUAUAUCUUGACAUGAAUGUUUAGAUGGUGAAGCAAACAAUUGGUAGUCAAACUAAGCUGUCAUAUUAAAUUAUAUAUUUUCACUUCUUAGGCGGAUUUGGAUGGUUAUGUGUAAUAACGAAGACAUCUUGUUUAUUUCUCCACCAUGCUUAGUUCCUGUCACUUCAGUAUUAAUCUAGCAUUAAGAGAGAAUCAGAGAUCUUAACCAGUUUUUUUGUGUGUAUUGUUUUUACUAUUUACUAACGUUUACUAUUUAUUAGGGAUGUAACGAUUCACUCAAGUCACGAUUCGAU